UUUUUUUUUUCACAAAGGCAUGGCGACAGUCUUAAGGUUUAAUAAGAGAUGGAUACUUUUAAUAGGGAGUUUAUUAGUAUUUAUCUUGACCUGCGGAAUAUUCGGACUGUUUAGAAAGGCAGCAUCACCGGCACCACCACUUCCGUUUAUCGAUUCCCGAUUGUAUUGGCCUACACCUAUAGAGCAGGCCAUAUGUCGACCUAAAAUCUAUGUAUAUAAACCACCCAGCACCUUUCAAGUACCCACCAGUAUUCAACAAGGUAGAUGCCACGAGUCCAACUACAAUUCCGAGAUUAUCUUGCACAACCAAUUGACCGAUCCUUCAAGUCCUAUAUAUAAACAUUAUGUUACUGAAAACCCAGAGGAGGCCGAUUUCUUUUUUAUCCCAUUUUUCGGUGCUUGUUAUCUUUACAACUGUUGGGCCGAAAGUGGUUGGAAAUGGGACGAGCGUUGUGAGGUCGAUACCAAAUAUGUUGCUCCCAUGAUGGACAUGGUCAUGAACGAGUUCCCUUAUUGGAAAAGAAAGGGAGGUAAAGAUCACAUCAUGAUUCAUCCGAUGGAUCAAACAUUUACCUAUUACCAAAACAACGAACUGUUUCAGCCCGCCAUAUUCUUAAAGACCGUAGGAGACAAACGAGAGAAAUGGAUGCACCGUCAUAGAUAUCACAGAGACAUUGUCAUUCCCUCAACAACACGCAUGAUUCAUCAUCUUCGAGCUAAUCCUCUUGAUUACCUGCAUCCACACAAUGGUCAACCCAAAAAAGGUAAACGAGAUAUUUUUGUUCUCUUCCAAGGGUGUUGUCCCGACGUCAAACCCGAAGCUGAAUAUUCCAAUGGUAUUCGUUCCUUGUUCUUUCAAUAUUUCUCUCAUUAUUCUGGCUAUGAAAUCGGAAAUGUCAUUUCGGAUCAUGAAUACAUUGAAAAGCUAUCUCGCUCGAAAUACGGUCUUAGUCCGAUGGGAUGGACCUUGGAUACAACUCGAAUUUGGGAAUUUAUGGCCUUUGGUGUCGUCCCUGUAGUCAUUGCGGAUGGUAUCAUUGAACCCUUUGAAUUUGAUGUGGACUGGGAUUCGUUUAUUGUUCGAGUGCGUCGUGAUGAAGUCCAUCGACUGGAUGAAAUAUUGAGGGGGAUUGAUGAGGAGACCUACCAAUACAAGCGUCAAAAGUUAUGGGAAUAUGGUCGUCGUGUUGGUAUAGAAAUGGAUGCCUGGCAUUUCAUUGCCCGUGAAUUGUGUCGUAUGGCGGAUAUUCAUGCUCCUGUCAACCUAGAAUUGGGCUACUAAAAAAAAAAAAGAAAACUCUAUAUUCACAUAUAUAUAUAUUUAUAAUAAUAAUAAUAAAAAAUAAAAAUUGCUAAUGU